AUGAAGGAGUCAAAUGUUGGUCGAAUUGCGUUUGGUGUUUCUGUUGCUUUAACGAUGAUUUUCACUCUCAUUUCUCUUUUAACCCCCGCCUGGAGAACGUUUGAAAAAAAGCCUGAAACAUCGGAUCAAGGUCCAGCAAUACCAGCUUCUAUUGGUCUUUUCCGAUAUCAGUGCUUUGGACAUUUAGGAAAAGAAGUUGGCAAAAUCAGUGACAAAAAAAGACCAGAUGUCGAUUUUUGCAAUUACAUUUUUGAUAACCGUGCGUCGUGGGAUGCAACAGUAGUGUACAUAUUAAUAUUAUCUUUGGUUAUCGAAUUAAUUGCUAUUUUAUAUUUAUUUCUGCCACGAGCAUUUUGUUGUGAACAGUAUGAGCACAUGUCGGCACCAUUUAGUGGCUUUGCGGCAAUAAUAUUUAUGCUGUUGCUUUACGGUGUAAUUACUUAUGCGGAACGAUAUUCUGAAAUUUCAAGUUUACUUAAGGCUUUCUCACAAACGGAAGGACAUAGUGGAUUACAUCCAUCAAUGAUUAUUAUUGAUCUUGGCUACAGUUACUAUUUGUUAUGUACUGCUUUUUUUGUUUCUUUUUUAUCGCUUAUCAUUGGUAUACUUAACGUUACCUUAGCUUGGUGUUUUCUUUGGUAA